CGAUAGGCCGGCGAGCAGUCGUGUCGAAUACGACGUCCCCCCACUCUUCCAUGAAACUUAUAGUCUUACACUGAUAUCAAGUGUUAUUUUUUAGAGUACUUGUUAUACUCUAUAGACACGGGUCGCCCGUUGAUAUGUAGACAGUUCACCAAUAUUGUUUGUGGCGAGCUGCGGGAAUAGUUGAGGUAUGUAGGGUGGUAGUCAGUGUACAAGUUCAUACCGGAAUUUUCCGAUUAAACAACCUUUUGCUCUGGACGCCAGCUAUUGCAUGCUCGAGAGUCCAUAUCAUCGACUCUGCAAUUUCUCCACGGUGGUCGAGCUUCACAGCCUCCCCGAUUCUGGCUGUCGAUGCUAGGGGGAGCCAGCCCCAUUCACAGGCAGCAUCUCAAGCAAGCCGUCCGAAUCUGCAUCGGUCGCCACAUUCCUCUCGGAACGCCAUUCCAUUCCAUCUAUCAUUUUUGUCAUACAGCAUGUUCAUCUCGGGCAGUGACUCAUUCCAAGGCACAUUCACCAGACCAUCAAGCCAGUGCAGAACGAAAUUUUCAACCCGCCCAUGCUCAUUUUGGGACAUCUCAUUGUCGCAGCCCAAACCCGCAGCCCUUUAUGAAAGCCAAGCAAUCUCCCGCCACAGGAACUCUGGACAGUUACCCACAGGAAGUGGUAGCUGCCAUCGACACGUGUCUUGCACAGGCGAGAGAGUUGGUGGAUUGCGAAGCUGUAAAAAGGAUCAAGGAUGUUCCUAUCCACUCUCAGUAUUUCACCGACAGGGAGUGUGUCAACCGUCUCGCCCAGGACGCGGCUGCGACUUCACGCCCACAACGAGCGUUGCAAGUUCUGAACAUUGCUCAUCACUUUGGCUGUUACUUGAAACCAAAUCAUUACGAGGGCGUUGCCUAUCAUCUAGCAGGCCGGAGCCAUUGGGCUUUGAUCCCCCUGCUAGUUGCAACCGCCAGGCACCAUUGUGGCCGUGCAUCGGUCCGACUCCUCAAUUGGAAUAUACGUGCUCUCGUGGAGAACCAACGUUACGAUCAACUCGACCACGCGUUCGAGGAGUUCACAAACGCGGACCUCCCACCAAACAGGCGAACGUUUCAUCUCCUUAUUUCGGGUCACCUUCAGAACCGAAAUUUGAAUUCUGCAAAGCAGUACAUGGACAAGAUGGCUGUCGCUGGGUUCUCCGUGGAUUCUUCUACUCAUGCUGUCAUCGUCGCCGCCUACCGUUCUCUUGGAGUAGACCUGAAAGUGCAAAUCCGUGCCUUCGAGAGUUUGCGCGAUUUAGAUGGGCGGCUGUCCACUGUUGUACUCAACAGCAUCGUGCAACAGCUUUUAGACUCAAGAGACGAAAAAGCAGCAAUACGUUUUAUGCUGGCAUUCGAUCUUCCUGGUGGACGCGGCCAAGAUUCCACGGGAUCUGGCAGUACCACCGGGCUCGUUGGCGAGCGCACCCCCGACAUCUUGUCAACGCGCACCCCCAUAGACCCCCCUGCUGUAAAGCCCAAUGCGGCUACUUUCUCAAUUCUGUUGGGCUAUAUGGCAAGAGAAGGCAAAAUUUCGCGCAUGCUCAAACUCCUGGACCACAUGAAACGAGCUGGUGUCCAUCCAGAUCCCUCCAUUCUAGCAGCUCUCAUUCGAGGAUAUCUAGCUGCAGGUCGUAGUCUCGAAGCCAUUAGCGUCGUCGCCAUGCUAUUGAACACGCGAUCCGCUGCUACCGCCGGGGUCUUUUGUAGCAUGAUGCAGGUGCAACCGCUGACAAUACUCCCGGUUGACGUCCAGGGUGUUCCCUUGACAGUGCAUAUAUUCAAUGCACUAAUGAGCGGAUUGCUUGAUGUUAUGGGCCUCAAAGCGAUGCGAGAUAUCUUGCGGACGAUGCGUGCUGUUGGGAUUAGUCCCGAUAGUCACACGGUAGAGAUUCUGAUGAGUUUCCUCGAACGAGCACAAGGAACCGGUCCUCGUCAAUUGAUACGUGUCCUUCGUUCAUUUUCAUCCCCUUCGCUUCGACCCACCAUCCGACACAUCCACAUCAUCUUGCGGAGCAUCCUUCGUCGUGAAAAAUUCAGGGUUCAUGGAUGUGGGUGGGACACGACUGCCGCCAAGUACUCUAAGAAGCGAACUUACAACCCCAAGUUUCCGGAGGGACGUAUUCUGGACACCACUGAACACUAUCAUCCUACAGCCGGUCUCAAACUUCCCCGUCGUUUACGGUUGAAAUCCUGGUUCGGACCGAUCCUGCAGUCGGUUUCGCGGCAGGCUAUUCAAAGCGAUCGUGCCACCAUUGCACUGAGGCUGAGACAUGAAGCAAUUGCUAGUUCUGACAUGGGGACUUCUCAAACUGCCUUCCGAAAUAUGUUGGAUCAAGGACUUCACCCAACCAUCCACCAUUACUCAACGCUUAUGGACGGGUACGCGAAGAUGGGUGACAUCCAAGGCGCUAAACAAGUGCUUCGAGAUGCACUUGAAGCUGGCAUCCAGCCGAAUGCAAUAAUGUACACCACUCUCGUCAAUGGCUAUGGUCGCCAAGGAAAGCCAGGGGAAGCUAUGCAGGCUUUCCGUGCAAUGAUUCGUGCUGGUAUUGUUCCUGAUGUGCCCUCCAUCGACGCCGUUGCCCAUGCAUAUUUUGCUGUGGGAGCAUAUUCAGUGGCAAGACGCGUGCUACGCGAAAUGUGGGCACAAAUUCAACCAUUUCCUCCCGAGCUGGAACACGCCGAUCUCCGCACACUAGCCGUGACGUUUCGCUCCCAUAGCUUGAACCCGAAGCAUGGGAGACGCAAAUUGACCACGCGUCAGCAACGUCUGCUGCACUGGAAGAUGAGGGCAAUCAAAACAGAGUGGAUGCGAUUUGAACAGUGGACGGGAUCAUGCCCGCUUUCCGAUAGGAUUGGCAAACACGAUGGAUAUCCGCGUAAAGAGGAAUAGGAGCAACUCAUUUAUGCAAGUUGGGAUGGAUGUUCAUAAUGUGACGCGUUUAAUACAUACUACAUACAGAAUAUCCAUAUGCACUUAUCGAGCAUGUGCAAACUUAGAAUCCAGCAGUCGGAGCGCUUCUCUGACACCAUCUGCAUUCACCUCCCGCAUUCUCCGACGUCCACACUCGAUC